GCAAUGUAUGCUUUGUUAAUGUAAUAGAAACAAUUAUUGAAUAAAUUGUUACAUUAUUUUAAAGGAAAGGCAACUGAAACAUACCCUGCACGCUACGGAACAGCAACACAAGAAGCAACUAGAGAGCUUGUCAGCUGUGAUUGUGAAUUUAGAGCAAGAGUUACAGGAGGUGAGAGACGGGGUACGAUCCCAGCUCCAAAAGCACAGGAUACUCCUGAAUACCAAUAUGAGGCUGGAACAAGAAAUCUCGGCUUACAGGUGUCUGUUGGAAAAAGAGGAAUCCAGGUAAUUAAUUUUGUGCAAUUUUAAUUCAGACUACAAAUAAUUUUAUGAUUACAUGAGUACUGAUUCCAGAACUUUGACUGACACAGGAUAUUACGGUCAUAGAGUUCUUAUAAAUGAUCUCUAUGACACGACAACUCUAGGAGACUCUCUCUGCUCCAAUAACAACCUUUAAAAUACUUUGACAGGGUGAAAGGGACACUAUAGUCACCAAAACAACUUUAGCUUAAUGAAGCAGUUUUGGUGUAUAGAUCAAGCUCAAUUCUCUGCCAUUUAGGAGUUAAAUAACUUUGUUUAUGCAGCCCUAGUCACACCUCUUUGCAUGUGACUUACACAGGCUUCAUAAACACUUCCUGUAACGAGUCAUCUAAUGUUUACGCUUCCUUUAUUGCAAAUUCCAUUUAAUUUAGAUUUUUUUUUUUUUUUUUUAUCUCCUGCACUGUUAAUAGCUUGCUAGACCAUGCAGGGGCCUUGUACAUGUAAUUAAAGUUCAAUUUACAAAGCAGGAAAUAAAACUUUUAAAGUAAGUAACAUCAAUUGAAAAUGAAACAGUUUUUGUUUUUAUGCAGCUUGUGCCAGUAACAGCCAGGGGAGGUGUGUUUAGAGCUGCAUAAACAGAAAUAAAGGUGAUUUAACUACUAAAUGGCAGUGAAAUUUCAGAGGCAUGAUCUAUACACCAAAACUGCUUUAUUAAGCUAAAGUUGUUUUGGUGCCUAUAGUGUAGUGCAAGGGUAGGCAACCUUUUAGCAGCACUGUGCCGAUAUAGAAUUGUGACGUCCCGUAGCAUGCCGAUCCUAUGUUUUUUAAAUUUAAAGUGUGUAUGUUGCCGUAUUCUACUUGUGUUAUUAAUACUGUAAUUGCUUUGUAUCAUUGUAUUUGUGCAUAUAUGAGCUAUUAGAUUGAAUAUGUUCAUUAGUAGUUUAUGGUAUCGUGUAUGAUACAUAUAAAUGUGGGCUGUGUAUGAAGGCUGCUUGUGGAAUUGUGUGUGGAUAUGUCACAUUGUGUGUUUGGUAGUGUGUGGGCUGUUUGGGGUAUUGCAUGUGAGAGGCUUAAUGUGGAGUUGUGUGCAUGUAUGUGGAUUGUUAGCGGGUUAUGUUUGUGCCGAUUGUGUGUAUGUGUGUGUGUGGGCUGUUCGUAUUAUUUGUAUGAGGGGAGGGUUAUUUUGCAUUUUUAUGUAUAUCUAGCAGUGUGGGUGGCUUCCCUGGGUUCCAGGCUGGCCAGGUACAGGUCAAGGACAUGAGCAAUAACAGCAGCUGUAGGCUGCUCUACUACAUUGUGGAUUCCCAUUCACAAGUGCUGGGAGGAAGUGAUCUGAGAUCACUUCCUCUAUGUGCUGCAAUGCAUAAAUUGAGGAUUGUCCUUCACCACCUUUUCGUAUUAGCAAAUAUCUGAAGUUUUAUUGGGACUCCUGAUAGGCCACAGCCUGCUUGGCUCUAGCAGCCUUGAGUGCCGUAAAAAGACACCUUGAGUGCCGUGCAUGGCACUAGUGCCGUAGGUUGCCUACCCCUGGUGUAGUGUAUAGAGUCGGAUUUCAGGAACAGCUGGGUAACUACUUUUUAACCAAAUGCUUUCAUGCAUGUUUAUUUUUAUGGAAUUAGGAUGACAUUAAUUUAGCAUUUUAUUAUCAUAAUAUUGGAUGGGUUAACAGUGGUAGCAGUUUUAACCCCUUAAAACCGGAUGGCGUACUAUUACACCCUAUUCUAAGCGGCUCUAAACACCGCAGGGCUUAAUAGUAUGCCCUCUGGUUUGUUGUUACUUACCUGGUCGCCAGCGAACCCACGCCGGCGAUCGCGGUUGGGGAGACUCACCUGGGAUCCCAGGGAGUCCCCCACGGCGGAUCCUUCCUCCUGCGGCCCCCCCCAGGCCAUGUGAGAGUGAGGUCCUUGCAAGGCCGGGUUAACUGGCUGCUGCAAUGCCAGCAGGGGGACUGCCUGUAAUGACAGUUAGUCCCCCUGCUGGCUGGAAAUGAAAUAAAAUUAAAUUAAAAUCAGUGUAAAAAAAAUAAUUAUAUAUAUGAUCUAAGUAUAUAUAGACACAUAUACCUACACACACAUACACUGCCUAGGUGUAUUUUACUAUUAAUAUAUAUAUAAUUAUAUAUAUAUAUAUAUAUAUAUAUAUAUAUAUAUAUAUAUAUCAAAUUACACGUAGACUGAUACUGAUUAAAUAUAUAUAUAUAAUUAUUGUUAUAUAUAUAUUUAUAUAUUAUAUAAAAAAAUAUGUAAAUACGUUAAAAAAUUAAAUUAAAAAAAGAAUUAAAAAUAAAUAAUUAAAAAAUAUAUAGAUGUGUGUUAUUUCGUUCUAACUGUAUUGUGAUAUUAAUAUAUAUAUAUUUAUAUCAAAAUACACGUAGAAUGAAAUAAUAUAUAUAUCUAUAUACAUAAAUAUAUACGUAUAUAUCACUAUAUAUAUACCUAUAUAUAAAUAAAAAUAUUAAAAAAAAUUAUAUAUAGGGUGACUCAAGGGGGGGGUUUCUAUCUUUCCUCUCUUUAUGGGGUAUUAGCUCCUUUUCUCUUUAGUAUAAGCUACUCGAUAUUAGUUUGGGCGCGCCCCAUUAGUUGCUAUUAACCCUGCCCUUUCCAGAUACUCUAGGACACUGCUCUAAGACUAUCCUUUUGCUAUCCAAUUACCCAGCUGGGUCCUUUCCUAGAAUGGAUUUAGACUAACCUGUUUUGUUACCCAUUUAUUAUUUUAGGUGUAUUUUUACACCUUUAUUAAGUCAAACAUACCUUGCAGGAUUAGCCUCUCCCAGGCUUUUACAAAUUUGGUGGUUAACUUAUAAUCAAUACACUAUUUUAGUGUAUGGUAAUAGUAUUUGGACUAUAUACCAUUUUAGCAUUUUUUUCUAAUAAAGGUUGUUUAUCCUCUUCUAUGUGACUAUUUACAUUAUGAGGUACUUUGAAUGAGGCUAGGCAUUCCACCCACUUUUUUGUGAGUGGACUGUCUGCCCCAUUUUUCAUCUUUUUUUAUAUAUAUAUAUAUAUAUAUACAUAUAUAUACACAUACGUAUAUAUAUAUACAUAUAUUAAUUCUACAUAUAUAUUUAUGUAAUAUUUUUACAUAAUUAGGUAUCUUAAUUAAUUACAAUUAGCGGGACCUGCCUGACAACCCAUGCCGAAAGUAUAGGGAAUUUAAUUUGCUAGCACUAUAUUUAACCCUAUAACUUUCCAAGACACCAUAAAACCUGUACAUGGGGGGUACUGUUUUACUCGGGAGACUUCGCUGAACACAAAUAUUAGUGUUUCAAAACAGUAAAAUGUAUUACAACGAUGAUAUCGCCAGUAAAAGUGAAGUUUUUUGCAUUUUUCACGCACAAACAGCACUUACACGGACAAUAUUAUUGCUGUGAUACUGUUUACUGUUUUGAAACACAAAUAUUUGUGUUCAGCGAAGUCUCCCGAGUACAACAGUACCCCUCAUGUACAGGUUUUAUGGUGUUUUCAAAAGUUACAGCGUCAAAUAUAAGGUUUGUGUUUCAUUUUUUUCACAUUAAAAUUCGCCAGAUUGGUUACGUUGCCUUUGAGACCCUAUGGUAGCCCAAGAAUGAAAAUUACCCCUAUGAUGGCAUACCAUUUGCAAUAGUAGACAACCCAAUGUAUUGCAAAUGGGGUAUGUCCAUUUUUUUUAGUAGCCACAAACACUGGCCAAAAUUGGCAUUUUUUGCAUUUUUCACACACAAACAAAUACUAACGCUAACUUUGGCCAGUGUUUGUGACCAAAUGCCUACUUCCUUUCUAUCCUUCUGCUCCUAGCAGCUGGUGAUGUCUCUCCAAACCCCGGUCCCCUCUCAAAAAACUCAGCACCUACUAACCCAAGGAUCCACACUAAUCUCAUACCAAUCUCUUGUUCCUCUAAAUCCCCCUUCAAUACUGCCCUCUGGAACGCACGCUCUGUCUGCAAUAUAACUAAAUCCACUGCUGUCCAUGACUACUUCAUCUCUCAUUCAAUAGAUCUACUAGCCUUAACAGAAACCUGGCUCUCCCCCUCUGACACUGCCACCCCUGCAUCUUUGUCCUUCGGUGGUCUCCAACUUACUCACACCCCAAGAAACUCUGAAUGUAAAGGUGGUGGUGUUGGGUUUCUCCUCUCCCCUCACUGCUCUUUUAAACCUCUUCCCACCCCCCCUUCCCUCUCUUUCCCAUCAUUUGAAAUACACUCUAUUCGCCUUUUCAAACCUUUCGCUGCUAACAUUGCUGUUAUUUACCGUCCCCCUGGUUCCCCUCUUCUCUUCCUUGACCAUUUUGCUGGCUGGCUACCCUAUUUCCUCUCUUCUAACAUCCCAUCCCUAAUUCUCGGGGACUUCAAUAUUCCUAUAAACCCACCUUUGACCUCUGCAGCCAAUAAACUACUUUCAAUUACUUCCUCCCUCGGGCUAUCACAGUGGGCAAAUUCUCCCACCCAUGUAGCUGGCAAUACCCUUGACCUAAUCUUCACUUAUGCAUGUACAGUAUCUAAUAUCUGCAACACUCCUUAUCCUCUCUCUGAUCACCACCUCUUAUCGUUUGCUCUCACUUACCCUCUCACCCAACAACCUCCGCCUAACCAGCCUCAACUCAGGAGGGACCUUAAUUCUCUUGAUCUCCAACAGUUGUCAGCUGACAUUGAUUCACAACUGCUAUCCAUCCCUUCCCUAUCCUGUCCUUCACUGGCCAUCUCCAUAUAUAACUCUACUCUUACAUCUGCCUUGAACACUGCAGCACCACUCCAAACAAGCACCUCAAGGAGGACCCGCCCCCAACCAUGGCAUACUAAAUCAACGCGCUACCUGCAAAGAUGCUCCCGGUGUGCUGAACGCUCCUGGAGGAAGUCUCGCACCCAGUCAGACUUUCUCCAUUAUAGAUUCAUACUGUGUUCAUACAGUGCAGCCCUUGCCCUUGCCAAACAGUCCUAUUUUUCCUCUCUCAUUAGUUCAUGUUCCCGCAACCCCAGGCGUCUCUUUGACACCUUUAAUUCUCUUCUUCGCCCCGCUGUGGCCACCCCCCAAACCAACCUUACUGCUGACAACUUUGCAUGUUACUUCACUGACAAAAUUGAACAGCUAAGGAAAGAAUUCUCCCCUCCUUGCCUUUCUGUUUCUCAAUCACACAUUGAUCAUGCCUUUCCUACCCUUCAGACAUUCUCCCCAGCCACUGACCAAGAGGUGGCUGCUCUUCUUUGCUCCUCUCGCCCCACCACUUGCCCGCUCGAUCCUGUCCCGUCUCACCUUAUCAGAUCUCUCUCCGCUUGUCUCGUGCCUUCUCUAACACACAUCUUCAACUGCUCGCUCUCUUCUGGCAUCGUCCCUGCUGACCUUAAGCAUGCCACUGUAGUACCUAUACUAAAAAAACCAUCCCUUGACCCGUCCACCCCCUCUAACUACCGUCCCAUAUCCCUGCUCCCUUUUUCCUCAAAGCUUCUGGAAAGACUCGUCUUUACCCGUGUGUCUAAUUUCCUCAAUUCCAACUCUCUUCUUGACCCCCUUCAAUCUGGCUUCCGCCCUCUCCACUCUACAGAGACUGCCCUUAUCAAAGUCACUAACGACCUAAUCGCAGCUAAAUCCAAAGGCCACUACUCCAUACUAAUUCUUCUUGACCUCUCGGCGGCCUUUGACACCGUUGAUCAUGCUCUCCUUCUUCAAACUCUGCAAUCGCUUGGUCUCUGUGACUCUGUCCUCUCGUGGUUUUCCUCUUAUCUCUCCCAACGCUCAUUCAGUGUCUCUUUUUCUAAUGAUACCUCCUCCCCUCGCCCUGUCUCGGUUGGAGUCCCCCAAGGCUCCGUCCUUGGUCCCCUUCUAUUUUCUCUUUAUACUGCCUCUCUUGGCAAACUUAUUACCUCAUUUGGUUUCCACUACCACCUGUAUGCUGAUGACACCCAGCUAUAUCUCUCCUCCCCGGACCUCUCCCCUGCUGUCCUGCAACGUGUCACUGCUUGCCUUUCUUCCAUCUCUGACUGGAUGUCCUCCCGCUUUCUGAAACUCAAUCUCUCAAAAACUGAGCUCCUUGUCUUUCCUCCUCCUAAUACUGAUCCUCCUCUUUCGCUCUCCCUUCAAGUUUGUGGUACCAACAUCAGCGCAUCCUUGCAAGCGCGCUGUCUUGGCGUCAUACUUGACUCUGGUCUCACCUUUGAGUCUCACAUCCAGCAUGUUGCCAAAUCCUGUAGAUUCCAUCUCAAAAACAUAGCCCGCAUCCGCCCCUUUCUUGCACCAGAUACUACCAAGGAGCUUGUCCAUGCUCUAAUAAUUUCCCGCAUGGAUUAUUGUAACCCUCUCCUGCUUGGUCUUCCCAAAAGCCGUACUGCACCCCUACAGUCUGUAAUGAAUGCUGCUGCUAGACUGAUUUUCCUCUCUAGUCGUUUCUCCCACACCUCACCCCUCUGCCAGUCCUUACAUUGGCUUCCUGUGUGCUAUAGGAGUCAAUUCAAGGCACUAACUCACACCUAUAAAGCACUGAACAACUCUAGCCCCUCCUAUAUCUCCUCACUGAUCCACAGGUAUGUCCCUUCUCGGUCUCUCCGCUCUGCCCGUGACCGCCUCCUGUCCGUUGUCCGCACCCGUACGGCCAACUCGCGCUUGCAGGACUUCUCGCGGGCAGCUCCCUUCCUAUGGAAUAGCCUGCCUACCGCCAUCCGACUCUCCCCUAGUCUUGCAUCUUUUAAGAAGUGCCUUAAAACCCAUCUCUUUAGGAAAGCCUAUGGCCUCCAAGACUAACCCCUACCUCACUUACCUGUCUCUUGCCCUCCCCUAAAGGGCAGCCCACUUUUUUUUUGAUUGCACACUCCUGUCCUAAUGUGUCUUACACCCCACCUCCUAUAGAAUGUAAGCUCGAUUGAGCAGGGUACUCUUCAACCUAUUGUUCCUGUAAGUUUAUUUGUAAUUGACCUAUUUAUUGUUAAAUCCCCUUUCAUAAUAUUGUAAAGCACUACGGAAUCUGUUGGCGCUAUAUAAAUGGCAAUAAUAAAUAAAUAAAUAAAUAAAAAAGACUAGACAUACCCCAUUUGCAAUACCUUGGGUUGACUACUAUUGCAAAUGGUAUGCCAUUAUGGGUGUAAAUUUAAUUCCUGGGCUACUAUACAGUCUCAAAGGCAACGUAACCAAUCUGGCGAAUUUCAAUUUUAAAUGUAACGUGCUAUAUUUGACCCUGUAACUUCCCAUAGCAUCAUAAAACCUGUACAUGGGGGGUACUGUUUUACACGUGAGACUUUGCUGAAUACAAAUAUGUGUAUUUUAUUGCAGUAAAAGCAAACAGUAUUAUGAUAUUGACAGUUAAAAUGUCAUGUAGAACUAAAAAAAAUAACAAAUUUUCUUAUCGUCUCCCAUUUUUUUUCAUAUUAAAUUAUGUUUCAUAGCUAAAUAUUUGAUAUUAAAUGAAAGCCCUGUUUCCCCUGAAUAAAAUUAUAUAUAAUAAGGGUGGGUGCAUUUACUAUGAAAGCGGUGAAUUACGGUUGGACAGACACACAAAUGCCAGGUUUUGUUUACGUUUUGUUUUGUUCACAAUGUGUACAUUUGGCUCAGUCCAUAAGGGGUUAAAUAUAUCCCCUCACUUACGACUCACAGCUAACAUGCACAUUAUUUCCCCUACGCCCCUCAGACUACUGUACAUGUAUAGAAUAGACUAAAUAAGCAUGCGUGGUCAGCUACGGGCUGCAAAUGCCAUGUAUUUCCUCAUAUGCUAAUAGAAUGGUGUUAUUAUGGGUCAUAUUUCAAUUUAAAAAAAAAAAACACUCUGAGCACCAUAACAACUUAAUCUUAAUAAAGUUGUCAUUGUGCGAGGAGGUCCUGGUUGCAGCCUUAUAUGAAGUGGCUAAACUGUUAAAAACUGUUAACCCCAAAGUCUGCAAACCAGCAACCAAUUACUCUGCCUUUGCACUUCUUCUCAAUGUCAGAGGCUUCAGUCAGGAAGCCUUAGAUGACAGGGUGCCACAGAUAGACUGAGAGCGUCACUGGAACCUGAUUGAAGUACCAGGAUGAGCAAUUAGGUGCCGGUUUGUAGACUUUGGAUUUUAGUUUGUUAAUGGUUUCACCUGUUCAGGUAAGAUAGUACCUGGGUCUUUCUCGCACCAUAACAACUAUAAUAAUAUGUUAUUAUUAUUGGUAUUUAUAUAGCGCCAACUAAAUCCGCAGCGCUUUACAAAAUUAUGAAGGGGGGGACAUUUACAAUAAAUGAGACAAUUACACAGUGACACAGGAACAAUAGGUAGAUGAGGGCCCUGCUCAAACGAGUCUAGAGGAGGUGGGGUACAAAAACACAACAGGACAGCAAGGACGACAGCUACCAAACAAGGUGGAAAAGUAGCAGAACUGGAGGUGAGAGUAGAGUGUGGCUCUUUAUGAGAGCAAGAGGCAGAUAUGGAUAGAUAUGUUACUCUGGGAGUCCAUAGGCAUUUCUGAACAGACGUGUUUUGAGGGAUUUUUUAAACAAUUGAAGAGCCUGAUGGGGGUAGGCAGGCUGUUCCAAAGGAAUUGAGGAGCCCACGAGAAGUCCUGCAUAUUAAGUUGUUAUGGUGCGCAUAGUGGCCCAUUAAAUGCGCAUUUUGUGGGCAAAAUUAGAUAUUUUUUUUCGAUUUUAACUAAAUAAAUAAAUCAGCGUUGAGGAUUGAUACUUAAUUCUUACACUCUUCCAGGAUAUAUGGUACUAAAUAUCUUCAGGAACAAAAAUCAUCUACAAGCAAAACAGGAUUUUCUUUGCCUGCAGGUAAGCGUUAAUCAAGAAACUACCAUAAUGCCUUAAACAUAGAUCUGAUGCUCCAGAACAUGCUGAAAAGGGCCAUGUUCUGUGAAUUUUAGAAAGUGUGAGCUGAACUCUAUCCCUAAAAUGUUAUGAUGGCUCUCCAAACUCAAGAUUAACAGGGUCAAUGAGAAAUACGUUUACAUGUGCCAACAACAUUCCUAAAAUUGGUCAGGCGCUAUUAAAAAACAUGUCUUUGUGUCGUCAUAAAUCUUUAGAAAAUUAAUUUAUGAGCAGUUUCCUGAGUUUAAAUGCCUUAAAAACAAUGAUAUGUUCCAUAAAAUGUGUUUUCAUACCAUUGCUUCUAAAAAUUAACAGCCACAUUUCCCAUUUGUUAGAAUAUCAAGUUGAGUUUUUGUAGAGCAUUUUUGAUGGUACCAUGGGACUUUUUUUCAAAAUACAUAUGCCCCAGAGAAAUUGAAGAUAUUAUUUGCUCGUGUAGUAUUAGUGAGUGAGAAAUGUUUUGGGUAUUGCCCGAUGCAAACAAUACAAAACAGGUACUAGGGGUAACAUUUUCAUUAUAUUCAAGGAACACUCUAAGCACCAAAACAUUAACUUGAAUGAAAUGGUUCUAAUGCACAGAUUGUGCCUCUGCAGUCUCACUGCUCAAUUCUCUGCCAUUUAGGAGUUAAGUAACAAAUACCCUGCAUGUGACUCGCGCAGCCUCUCUACAAAUUUCCUGCAAAAGAGUUUAAUUGUUUUUAACCUCCCCUUAUUGCAUAGUGUGUUUAAAGGGACACUGAGCCAUAGAAUUUUUUUGGAGGGUGAAGGAGGAUUAAUCCAAGUAGGUAGACUACUGUAGAAUUAGGAAUACGAAAAUGUAUUCCUAAUGCUACAGUGUGCCUUUAAUUUUAAAUGUAUUAAUUUGUGCUAAUUGUCUCGUUAAUUGCCUUCAAGAUCUUGCAGGGGCCUCAUGUGUGAUUAAAGUUCAAAUAACGAAGCAGAAGAUUAAAAAAAAAAAAAAUGUUUGUAAAAAAUUUUGUCAAAGAGAAAAUUUUCCUGGAAAGGAAAUUAAUAAAAAGUAUUAAUAAAAAAAUGUUAAAAAACUUCUAAAGUAAACACACUGUGUGUGGUUUAGGCUGCAUAAACAGAAACAAUUGUUUUAACUAAAUGGCAGACAAUUUAACAGUGAGACUGCGGGGUCAUGAUCUAUACACCAAAACUGCUUCAUUAAGCUAAAGCUGCUUUGGUGCUUAAAGUAUUCCUUUAAUCCCUCCAUGCUUAAUUCCCCAGACCUUUUUUUACCAUAGAACUGGAUAAUGAAGUAUGAAUCACAUCUGCUGUAAGCUGUAUUGUAGCUAUCUACAGUCAAUCGUAAUAUAAUUUUUUAAUUACAUUAUUUAUGAUGUUUUUUUACCAUGGUCUCCGCAGGGACUUCGUUUGUUAGAUGAGUAAGUUAGGUGACAAAAGUUACUCCCAACAAGAUCUCAGAUCUGAGCUGUUGGGCAGUUAUGUUGAAAUACUCUAGGGAAUCAUUGUAUUGUAAUACAGGUCUAUACUGUGCUGUAUAAAGAAGAGGAAAGAUCAGCACACUUUAGGGAUGUGCAUUGGCAAAAAUUUUGUUUCUGUUCGGACUUCUGAAAUUCGGGGCUUUCGGCAGUUCCCUAACCCUACUCCUAACCCUAACCCUAACCCCCAACCCUACCCUUUCCCCUAACCCUUCCCCUAAUCCCACCCCUAGCCCAACCCUAACCCUACCCUGCCACUAACCCCCAACCCUACCCCAAAUCCUAACCCUACCCUAACCCCAACCUUCCUCUACUCCUAACCCUAGUAGGGUUAGGGGUAGGGAUGGGUUUAGGGCUAUGGUUAGGAGUACGCUUAGGGGUAGGGUUAGGGUUAGAUUCCUGUCAUCAUUCCCUUAAUUUUCCCUCCCUCUCCUGUUUUGCCACUUUUCAGAAACCCAAAGCAUUUCGGCACUUCCGAAAUUCAGCAAUUCGGGACUUCAGUAAUUCGGUUCAGUUCGGCACUUCCUGACUUCUGCAAUUCGGGACUUCAGCAAUUUGGUUCAGUUCGGCACUUCCUAAAUUCGUCAAUUCGGGACUUUGGCAAUUCGGUUCGGUUCAGCACUUCCGAAAUUCGGCAUUUCGAAAAUACGCCACUUCGGCAAUUCGGCGAUUCGGAAGCAUCCGAAUGUCCGAAUUGCCGAAAUUCAUCCGAAUUUGAAUUCAUACCGAAACAAAUUGCACAUGUCUAACACACUUUGUGAAAAGCAUUUUAAGCUUGUAUAGACAGCUAUAGCAUAGAGGUUUGUUUAGGUGUGACAGAUAAGGCAUGUUUAUCCCUUUUGUUGCAUUUUGUCUCAUUUUAAAUCUAUCUACAGAAAAUGGAUACCAGCUUCCUGAUAGAAAGGCCACUCAGUUUUAUGGGACCCAGAACGAAAUUGGAAGAAAACAGCUACUUGCAGGUAAUAGUACAUAAAAUAUAUAUAUCAUUGGUUAUAAUUUUCUACCUUUUUUGUUGCAUAAUCAUUUUUUCCAAAUUCUCCUUCCCCCCACAAAUGUGUGUCUCUUAAAUUUAUGCUGUUAAUUUAAAAAAAAAAUCAUUGUUCAAUUGUUUCUCUUAGCCUUUAAACAUGUAACUUGAAUUAUGGCUAUCUUCAGCCUUAAAUCAAGUUAAAAAGUAUAGGAAGCCGUUUAGCAUUUUGUUAGUACCACCAGGAAGACAAGACCAUGAAGUAAAAGAAUCCCUAUAUAAACAUAACAAUAUGAAAACAGUAAAAAUAAAAAGUCACAUAUAGACAGAAGAUGUAUAUAGUGCUAAAACACAUGUUGACAAAAUGGCAUAUGCUCUUGAGAUACAUCUAUAGUUUAAAGGGACACUGCAGUCACCAAAACAACUUUAUCUUAAAGGGAAACUAUAGUGCCAGGAAAACAAACUAGUUUUCCCGGCACUCUAUCUUCUCCCUCCGUCAAGGUCCCCUCCCCUCCCAUGGUGCAGAAGGGGUUAAAAACUUACCUAGGUCCAGCGCUGAUGUCCCUCGGCGCUGGCUCAGAUCCGCCUUCACUCUGCAAUGGCCGAGCUCGCAUUAGGAAUUCCCUAUAGGAAAGCAUUAAUUAAUAGCGUGAGAACGUCCAGCAUCAUUUAGGCGACCAAAAGUCGCCUAACCACCCGGAAGUCCGAGGAGGAUUUAACCCUAGUAUAAAACCCUAGUAUAUAUUUUUAAAAACUGCGAUAAUUACCUGCUCAGGCUUACGGACGCUGGGACAGUGCACCCAGACCACUUCAAUGAGCUGAAGUGGACUGGGUGCCUAUAGUGUCCCUAUAAUGAAGCAGUUUUGGUGUAUAGAUCAUGUUUCACUGCCCAACUGCCAUUUAGGAGUUAAAUCACUUUUGUUUCUGUUUAUGCAGCCCUAGCCACACCUUCUCUGGCUGUGACUGACACAGCCUGCAUGAAAACAAAAUGGUUUUACAUUCAAUCAGAUAUAACUUACUUUAAAAGUUUUUAAUCCCCUGACACACAAUAGGCUCCUGCAAGGUCUAGCAAGCUAUUAACAGAGCAGGAGAUAAGAAAGUCUAAAUUAAACAGAAUCUGCACUAAAGGAAGUGUAAACACUAGAUAUCUUUACAGGAAGUGUUUAGGGGGGAUAUGCAAGACACAUGUAGGGAGGUGUGCCUAGGGCUGGAUAAACAAAGCGAUUUAACUUCUAAAUGGCAGAGAAUUGAGCAGUGACACUGCAAGGCUGUGAUCUAUACGCCAAAACUGCUUCAGUUGUGUCCCUUUAAUAACCCUUUAAGGACCAAACUUCUGGAAUAAAAGGGAAUCAUAACAUGUCACACAUGUCAUGUGUCCUUAAGGGGUUAAAUAGAUUUGGCACAUAUCUAUUAAAAAAGCGCCCAAAAUGCUAAUUGUAAUUAUAAUCAAGAAAUAACAUUGCCAGGAUUAUAUUUUCAGAAUUACUGACAACCAUAUUUGAAUAAUAAACACGCUCAAUAAAGUUUUAGAGUAAAUGUACCCCAUUUACAUUUUUAUGUCUUUAUAUUAUUUUGCUGUAUGUGCAACAAUGUCCAGUAAUGACAUCACCGUGUCAGCAUUCUAUUUAAUAUUAAACUGUGUUCUGAAAUCUAGAUACAGCUGUUGUGAAGCAACCCUUACAGAAACAUUUUGAAACAAUGCCAGUGGAAGUGCAAAACGGCCUCAUCGAGUACACAAAUAGUAAGGAGUACAAAAGUAUUUGGACACCUUUAUCAUAUUGCUAUCUAGAGCUGCUGAUUCUCUCCUCUUUUAUCUCAGCGGUUUUACUGUUAAAUAGACAUGUGCAAUUUGUUUCGUUCUGAAUGUACAUUCGUGCGAAUUUCAUUGCUAUUCGGACAUUUGGAUGCUUACGAAUGUCCGAAGUGCUGAGGUUCUGAAACGCAGAAGUGAUGAAGUUCAGUAGUUCAGAAGUGCCAAAGCUCCGAAGUGAUUCGGAUUUCUGAAAAGUGGCAAAACAAGAGAGAGGGAGGGAAAAUUACGUGAAUGAUGACAGGAAUCUUGACCAAUAAGUGAAUUCCUUUUGUGCAAUGUAAUGCUUGCUUGCCCAAUCCGGUUUUACUAUUCCCUGUCCAAUGAAAUUAGCAAAUUUUUGUGAUUGAUGUUAGAGGACAGCCAAUUAAUGGUGAUUUUGUCACUGACACUUGGCCAAUGAAGGCACACACAGUCAUUAAGGUGGGAUAGUAUAUAAAUCAGGCUGUUAGGGUGUUGGCUUGCAUUCGUGUGACCAGACUAGUUGUGAUAGCACAAGAGACUGAGAGAGAUAAAUUACAUUACAUUUAUUGUACUUUACUUGUUGCAAACUUGGAGAGCCACAUUGCUUUUAAGUGUGUGUUCCAGGGAGAGAGCGUGAGUUUUGCUUUUUUUUUCCUUCUGCAUUUUGUUUCUUUUUUUGAAGAAGGGGGGGGAGUGGGAGAGUGUGUGGCUGUGCUCAUUACCAGGUUGUCUCUCUGCUGCACUGUGACUUUGCUGCAGUGAUUAAUUUUGUGUUUUUUAGUUUUCUAUUAUUUAAUUUAAAUAAAAAUGUAAUAAAACAAAAGAAACCAUAAUGGUACGUCCAUGUCCUCCACACAUUCUCCCCUCUCUCACACACUCUCACUUGCUUGUUCACACACAAAUUGCUUUCUCUCUGCUCUCACACUCUGCUCCACAAAACUCUCCACAAAGAUGGUGUCACAGGGGUCGGAUUAUAUAGUGUGCAAAGUGUUGCUUGCUGAUUGGCUGCACUAUCUGUGCAUUGAAAAUAUAAUUUUGUAAAUUUUAUACAUACUAAACUAACACUACUAAUUAUUAACUAAACACAGACCACUUCUUUAAGAUUAAGUGGUUUGGGUGCUGCUGUGGUCCACUAUGCAAUGUAAAACAGCUGCUUAAGAAAAAAACAACACACAAAUGUUUAUUUUUAAAAAACAUUCCGAACUGCCGAAUGCUUGAAACGAAUGACAUGCCAAAUGCCUGAAAUGAAUGCCCGAAUGCAGUGUGCCCGAUCCGAAUACCAUUCGGCAGUUCCGAAGUGCCAAACUGAACUGAAUGCCAUUGCUCAGACAAAUUUUCUUACUUACCCAAAUUUCCGAACGAAACAAAUUUUUUGCCCAUGCACAUCCCUAGUGUUAAAUAAUAAUUAUACAUUUAGUAUAUAUUACAACACAUAUGAUAAAAUGGAUCACUGAACCGAUUUUACAAAAUAAAAAAUUUGGUUGCCUUCUAAUCCUAAAUUAAAUCCUCUAUAUAAUGUUAAAGGAGCACAAUAGCCUUAGGAAUACAAAUGUGUAUUCCUAAUUCUACCCUGGUGGCUCCCAACUGCAGGUAGUAAAAAAAUAAUAAUAAUAAUAAAAAAAGGUAUUUUAGCUUAGCUUUUCUCUCUCUCAGUGACAGUCUCUGUUGCUUGCCCUGCUUCCUUGGCUGAGUUAAUCAAGAUCGAUGGUCUCAGCCAAUCCAGUGCUUUCCCAUAGGAAAGUAUCAGGAAGCUACCUUGCAUGCGCGGCAAAACGAUGUGCUGUACCAAUUACCGUAUAUACUUGAGUAUAAGACGAGUUUUUCGGCCCCUUUUUUGUGCUGAAAACCCCCCACUCAUCUUAUACUCUAGUCACUGUCUGUAUUAUGGCAACUUACAUUGCCAUAAUACAGACCAGGACCGCCGGGCUCAUUACAAACCCGGCGGUCCUGUUGGGGGCUGGCAGUGAGCUGUAACUUACCUUUCCUGCAGCUCCUGUCAGCUCCCUUCUCCUGCGUUCCGGUCAGCUCCCUUCUCCUCCACUGUAAGUCUCGCGAGAGCCGUGCGGCACUUAGACCGCGAGACUUACAGUGGAGGAAAAGGGAGCUGACCGGAACGCAGGAAAAGGGAUCGGACAGGAGCUGCAGGAAAGGUAAGUUACAGCUCGCUGCCAGCCCCCCUCCUACACAGCCCAUGCCACUGGACCACCAGGGAAUGAGAGCCCCCCUCCCUGGCCAUUUAUCAAGCAGGGAGGGGGGACAAAAAAAUAUAAAUAAAAAUUUAAAUAAUAAUAUAAUAAAAAAUUUAAUAAUAUUAAAAUAAAAUAAAAAUAAUAAUAAUAAUAAAAAAAUGUAUAUUAAAAUAAUAAUAAUAAUUAAAAAAUAAUAAUAAAAAUGCCCACCCCCCACCAAGGUUACACACUCUGCAUCACACACACACACUGCAUUCAUAAACACACACACACACACUGCAGUCAUACAAACACACACACUGCAUUCAUACAGACACACUGCAUUCACACACACACACACACUGCAUUCACAAACACACUGCAUUCACACACACACACUGCAUUCAUACACACACACACUGCAUUCACAUACACACACUGCAUUCAUACACACACACUGCAUUCACACGCACACACUGCUUUCAUACACACACACACUGCAUUCACACACACACACACACACACUGCAUUCACAUACACACACUGCAUUCAUACACACACACUGCAUUCACACGCACACACUGCAUUCAUACACACACACUGCAUUCAUACACACACACACUGCAUUCAUACACACACACUGCAUUCAUACACACACACUGUAUUAUAUACACACACACUACACACACUGCAUUCAUACACAAACACUCUGCAUUAUAUACACACACACAAUGCAUUCAUUAUAUACACAAAAUAAAUAUUCAAUUCAUGUAAUUUUUGGGGGAUCUAAUUUUAUUUAGAAAUCUUCCAGUAGCUGCUGCAUUUCCCACCCUAGUCUUAUACCCGAGUCAAUACGUUUUCCCAAUUAGGGAUCUCGACUUAUGUUUGGGUCGACUUAUACUCGAGUAUAUACGGUAGAUGGUCUACAAGAGGUAACCUGAUAGAAAUAGCAGAUUUUUACCCUGCUAUUUCAGGGGAAAUGCCUCUAGUGGAUGUCUAAGUAACAGCCACUAGAGGCAUUUAAACCGUGCAAUGAAAACAUUGCUGUUCUGCAGAAGUGGUCUUUUUGCCUAUAGUAUCCCUUUAAGAAAUACAGUACUGCUAGUUAUGCAGUGACUAAGAAUUAAUUAGCCGUCUCCAUUAUUCUUGCAUUCAUUCAUUUCAUUUUAGGUAAUUACUUACUCACUAAACACAGAAUUCUGGUGACGUUAACACCAAAUUCCAAAAUUUUGCCGAGUUUUUUUGAGUAUUUUUCCAGAUCAGCACUUGCCUGCAUUUAGCAAUUAAAUUCUCUACAAUUCAGUGUCUGCAAUUUGUUUUUUGAUUCGCUACAAUUCUGUAUUUAGUGAAUAAAUGUCAUUGUAUCAAUUUUAGAACAAUGAAAUGCUAUGUUUCAAACACUCAAUAUAUAAUUACAGUUUGUGUUCUAAUAUACACACAUACAAGGUAUUGACUAAGUUAGGAAUUGCAUACAUUGUUCAAGAAAUUUCUAAUUUUAAGGCAAAACAAGUCAUGCCCCCUGAUGCUGAGCCAGCAUUAUGGCUGUUAGAAUAUUAUGGGAGAUGUGGUCCAAAUCAUCUGUAGUGCAAAAGGUUGUCUACCCCUGAUCUAUAGUUACAGCUUGGGUGUGUUAGCCUGAAGUUUUCAAAUCAGUACAAUAAAAAAAAAAAAAAAAACAUUUUUGUGUUAUUUACUGAAAUGGGAAUUGUUGGGAAUCCAAAGUAAAUGUCAAUGUUAGGCCAAAAUAACCAGAACGUUCAGUUUAACUAUUUUGGCCUUUAACCCUUCACUAUGCAUGUAUCAGUGUGUAUGUCCAAAGCAGCAACAUUGCUGCAAUGUGAGAGUGACAUGGUAUGCGCAGUAUCAUUGUAAUGUAGUAAUAUAUACAAGAUAUACACGUUUCAGCUACCAACUGAGAGCUUUCAUCAGGACAACAAAGAAAAGAUUUAUAUUUUGUAAUAUUAAGUGCCUGGAGUGCAGUUUUAUCUUGUUUAUUUGUACAAUUUUUGCCAAACCUGGGCUUCAUUGGUUCUAACCAGGAGCGCACGUUUUUGGACUUUAUAUAAACUAAAUACAGUAUAUAUAUAUAUAUAUAUAUAUAUAUAUAUACACAUAGUAUAUGCCUACACAUGCCUUUUUAUUUUUUGGCUGGGCAGUCUCAAUUUUCAGGUCCUGUCCUGUUUUAGUUCCCUGGCAUCCUGCUAUUAGGGACCUUAGGGAACUGUCCCCAACAAGCAUAGCACGUGUGCAUCAAAAGAUACGCUUGCGCUAUGUUUAGGGCACUAGGACCAUGCAGGGAGCACUGAGACGGUGCUCCCUGCAGGAUCUGCCCUCAGUGGGCCGGAUGAGUGAUGGAGGGGCAGUCUGGCAUGCAUUCAUGCCAGGCUGACCUGCCAUUUACUUGUGCAGACCUGCCACCUUUCACACCUUUUGGGGGUGGAGCUAGUGGCACAGUUACAUCACUGGCCCUUUCCCUUUGCAUACCCUUCAACCAGCGAUUUUCAGAACGGAAUGGAAUAUUUGGGGACAAAUGUCUAUGUUACAUAUUCAGGAAUAUUAUAUAUUUACAACACUGUUUUCCUUAACUUCAUUAUAUGGUAAAUGAUUUGUUAAAAGUUUUUCUGUCCAACUAAAAUUUUUGUUGUUGUUAUCCAUGCAUAAUGAAAAGAAAAAUACAUGUCAACAUUACUUUUGGAAUCUGGGGUUUGUUUUUACAUAAACCACUUGGUAGCAAAGGGUUUAAUUUGAAAAUCACUUUGAAUUAGUGAUAAUUCUCAUUUAUUGAAUAGACCUCUGUGUUUGUACGUGAGCAGGUAUUUACUGAACCAAGAGAUGAGUAGAAUUGACAAUUCAGUCACAAAUGAAAGGCAAAAAAAUCUGAAGAAAAAAAAUUGCUCAACAGUUAUUUUUCAGGCUUGAAGAUAUGGGAAUAAAUUUAGCCACUCUCUUGCCAAAUGCCCUCAGUUUCCAGUUUACUAAAUAACAACAAUAUAUUAGGUUUUGCAAAGCUUCCGGCUAAUUAUCUUGAAAAUUUCUUCCUACAGACUCAAGUGUACAGAAAUGCACCGUGGUUAAUCAAAAACACAGAACAAAGCAGGCAAUAUUUAAUGGAAAUAUUGCAGAGGAAGGUGCCGAAGCCAGCGGCAGAAUUCAGUAAGUAUCUUUUUUUCGUUGGCAAUUAAAAUUGCAUUAAACGUAUAAUUACGAAAUAUAUCAUAAUAUGAAUUAUACUACAUUAUAGCUCACUACUUACAAAAUGUGAGGCAUCCUCUAUUAUGAACCCUGUGCCAAAUUUUUAUGUAGCUCAAAGUAACAUGUGAAGUCAUUUGUAUAGGAGACCACUGGUUGCCUGACAAUCGGUCAGCUGCUCCCUUGUUGGUGCCAGAUGAAUAGUAAAGAGUAGAUUGCCUGCAAGGAGAAAAUAUAUAGUUUUUUCUUAAAAUUCUCAAUGCAUUUUCAAUACAAUACAUUGAAUGGUUUAAGUCAUUUCCAGGCUGGCAUGUCCCUUUAAGAAUUAGAUUUUAUGGAGAUCCAUGCUGGAUAGCAGAUGAGCCAUUUGGACAAUAAUAUAGUCAAACCAAAAGAAGUUAACUUUUUAUUUCAGGGACUUUCCUCCUAGCAGGGUUCUCUUAUUCCAGAAAUUAUCUGUAAUGUAUAAAAAGAUACAGUGGUGUAGGCAAAAUAUUUUACUCAUCUAUAAAGUCUAUUUAUCUAUAUACAUAUCAUACAGUAUAUGUGCAAAUGGAAAUAUGUGGCCAACUGGAUUAUACUUAAAGGGUUACUCCAACCACCAUGACCAUUUCAGCUAGUUACAACCUGGCACAAGUGACUUUCACAGCCUAGAACUCUGUACCUGCAAGGGAUAGCAUGUAUUUUACCUCCCUCACCAAGUUGAACCCUCCUGCCUCCCUAUACCCGUAGUAAUACUUGGUUUGUUAGUUGUUUAAAGCCUAAUCUAUCUCUCCCAAUGUCCCACCACUUGGAGGCUAAGAUUGCACGUGUGCUUUAUGAGCCAGUGAAACGUUCCAAUAAAAAAAAAUCUAAAAAAAAAAACAAAAAAAAACUUGGAAACUGGUUCAAUUAAAAUUUUAAAAUUUAGGGCAAACUAGGCAAAUUACAAAAAAACUCCAAUUUAUAGUUUCAACUUGGCUGUUUUGAGCUUCUAAUUUUUUUAAAAUUACUUUAGAUUCACAGUUAUUAAUACAUGGCCCAUGUAUUAAAACCUUUCAAUAUAUUACAUUUAUAAAACAAAGAAUUAAACAUUAUAUUCACCAUUUGUUGAUUUUUUGUUUGUUUUUUCAGAUCGGAGAAAGUGGAUGAAAUUAUUAAAGAGUGGGAAGGUUCAUUUUUCAAGGACAAUCCCAAAUUAAGAAAAAAAUCUGUAUCUUUGAGGUUUGAUCUCCACCUGGCCGCUGCUGAUGAAGCAUGUGUGGAAACCAAACCAGAUGAACUACCCGACAUAGAGGUCCGGUUAAUAAUGAAAAGAUCCUGUAGCAUUCCAUCAAUGAGUCCAUGAGUGAUCUACAACUAUACCAUGAAUAUUACAUUAAAAAGAAAUUAACAUCAUAACAUUUUAGAAUAAGGAGUCAUUUUAAUAAGAAUGAUAGAAACCAUAAUCUGCUUAAAUAUCUUAGGUAAACCCUAAAUAUUACAUUAAAUUAGAAAGACUGCUUUGAAGCAGUGAUGAUUUACUUAAAGGGACACUAUAGUCACCUGAACAACUUUAGCUUAAUGAAGCAGUUUUGGUGUAUAUAACCAGCAGCCUCACUGCUCAAUCCUCUGCCAUUUAGGAGUUAAGUCCCUUUGUUUAUGAACCCUAGUCCCACCUCCCUGCAUGUGACUUGCACAGCCUUCCAUAAACACUUCCUGUAAAGAGAGCCCUAUUUAGGCUUUCUUUAUUGCAAGUUCUGUUUAAUUAAGAUUUUCUUAUCCCCUGCUAUGUUAAUAGCUUGCUAGACCCUGCAAGAGCCUCCUGUAUGUGAUUAAAGUUCAAUUUAGAGAUUUAGAUACAAUUAUUUAAGGUCAAUUACAUCUGUUUGAAAGUGAAACCAGUUGUUUUUUUCAUGCAGGCUCUGUCAAUCAUAGCCAGUGGAGGUGUGGCUAGGGCUGUAUAAACAGAAACAAAGUGAUUUAACUCCUAAAUGACAAUGAAUUGAGCAGUGAAAUUGCAGGGGAAUGAUCUAUACACUAAAACUGCUUUAUUUAGCUAAAGUAAUUUAGGUGACUAUAGUGUUCCUUUAACUCUAGGUUCAUUUUUGAACAAAAGUUAUAAAAUAAGGGGAAACCUACUUAAAGUGGCACUGACAUUCCACCCAAUCAGCAGCAGACCCUCCCUCCCAGGAAGUGUCUGCUGGCUGUGAGGUUCCAGGUCAAAGUUUACUCAAUGAUGACGUGUAGGGGGCGGACCGGAAAUUGGAUAUGUUCGCCCAACGCGAACAUGCUAUUGUUCGCCGGUGGACAGUUCGCGAACAGUUCGGCGGACAGUUCGCGACAUCUCUACCCACAAUGUGACAGUGCCACUUUAAAAUAACGGACAUUAAUGAAAAAUUUUGAAUCAUUAGUCUAUUGAAAUAAUUAUGAUUAAAUGUUCCAAUAAAAGAUUUUUUAAGGUCUUUUAUAAAUACUGCCUGAAAAUAUAGAUCAAUAUAAGCAGGGAGAAAAAUGGAGAGCAAAAAUUCUGAUACAUUUAAUUUACGAGAAUGCAAUUAUUUGUAGAAUAUAACAUAAUAAAAUUGUCUUUAUUUUUAAAUAUUUGGUACAGGGUUUUGAAGAUUGUGUAUACGUUGCACAUGCGUCCCUAUGCAAGUUGGCAAGAUAACUCAUUUAGUUAAUGUUAUAACUGUAUCAGCUGUUUAAACCUCAAAGUCUUCUGUUUGGAAUCUGAUGUUGAUGCAAUUAAAGGAACACUCUGACAUUACGGCCUGUUUAGAUGCAGUCCUCCCAGAAGUAAGUUCCCUGAUGCUCCAGUCGCACUCUAGCCGCCAGACCUCCGCAACUGUGAUCAACUUUACAGAUGAUCUCAGCCAAUCCAAUGCUUCCUCAUAGUGAAGUGCUGGAGUCUAGUGCACAUGCACGGCUAUUGUUGCACUGCCCCAAUCAGCAUCUCCUCAUGCAUCUCUAUUGGGAGUAUACAACAUCACCAUGCAGAGCAUGGAGAUGCUGAACUACGGUACUGCAUAGAUUGCAGGACUGUAACCAGGAAGCCCAUCUAGUGGCUCCCAGAGUGACAGCUACUAGAGUCGACAUUAGGCAGCAAUGUAAACGCUGCACUUUGCACAUGAACCACUGCAUUAAUGUGUAGUGGUUCUGGUGCUUAGAGUGUCCUGUUAAAUUAAAGGAACACUAUUGUGUUAGGAAUACAAAGCUGUAUUCCCAAGACUACGGUGUCCUUCCAGGCUCUGCGGCGUUCCGUCUAUGAAAGGGUUAAACACUCUGUUAUAGACUACCUAAUUCCAGCGCAAGGUUCCUUGCCACAGGAUUGGGCUCCUCCAACACCAGCGCAAUACAGGAAUCUAAUGUGCAUGCGUGGCGAGUGACGCAAGCAUUGGGCCUUCCCUAUAGUAAAGCACUGACACAAUGGUUUCCUAUGGGGUUUUUGAAGAUGCUGGACGCCCUCAUGCAAAGUGCGGAGUUGUCCAGCAUCGUUUUAUGGAGUUAAACUGUGAAACUGCAGUAAGCACCUCUAUUGACUGUCUGGUAGUCAACAACUAGAGGCCGUUUUAAAACUGCAAUGUUUUACAUUGCAGGAUUAAGGGGACAGGGACACUGCACCCACCACUUCAGUGAGACGAAAUUGUCUGGGUGCCUAUAGUGUCCCUUUAAGUAAUAUCUUUUAUUUAUCUGCUGAUGAUUGGGCUAAAUCUGAAAGUGUUUUGUUUGUGAAUUAUUAUUUUUAUAUACGUCUAGUGCAUACAUAUCGUGUCCUGUUUAAAACCACAGUUUAAAUUAAUUGAAUCUAAUCCAUGCUAUGCAAAGAUCUGUGUUGUCCUUGAAUGUAAAUAUUUAAUCAAUAUAUUUGACAUCCACAAAGCCUUAUUUAUUUUACUACAUUAUUGCCACACUUCUCUUCAAAGAAAAGUACUAAAAGGUAUUUCUGUGGUUCUAUGCAAUGUUUUACUUUAAAAUAUUUUGUUACACGCCACACCGAACCACAAAAAAAAUAUAUUAUUUCCAUUGCAAUUUUUCUUAUAAACUUUCAACAUAUUCUGCAGAACUGACAACAGAGAAAUUGAACACAUUUGCAACCACACAAACAAAUUUGACAUGCAGGUUGAAAAGGGCCAUGCUAAAACAAGCUUACAUUAGAAAUGAAAUUGGAUUACCAAACUCUAAAGGUAUAAAUGCAAUAUACUGAUAUAUACAAAUGAAUAACACACGUGUUCACCAUAGUGGGAGGGGGUUAAAAAUAAAAUAAAAUUUACCCUAAUACAGGAAUAGAUUGUAAGAAGAUCCCUUGUUCUCCUUUACAUACAUAUACAAAAAUACAAUCUAAAAAUGGAAAUAGAGAGAAAUAGCAGGUAAUGGUGUAGAAUCAAUGUCACCAAACAAAGUGCUGAGUAGAAUUGCACUCACAAAAUAAUCUUUGACUGCAGGCACAUAAAAUAUUAAAGAUGGAAGGAACUCAGUCCUCUUCUCUUUCUUCCUUAAAAGGGGUUUAAAACAGAGAGACACAGAACAUAGUGCAUCAAUAAAAAUAAGAUGUAUGUAAUUUAUUAUAGAUUGCAUUCACAGGAUAUUUGUAAAAUUCAGCUUAUCACAAUGAAGUCUCUGAACUGACUGUAACGCUUCCAGAUGUUCCUUCCGAUCAGCAAACAGAAUAGGAUAGCCGAAAAAAUAUACAAACAAACAUUCUUGAAAAUGUAGAAAGAAAUGGAGUUCUGCGCACCCAGUUUGGUUGUGCACACCCAGGUGCUACUGCCAUUUAUUUGAGCACACAGGAUAAACAGACGUUCUGGGCACAAACUUGAUUUCAAUUCAUUCUGUUUAUCCUGUGUCCUCAAAUUAAUGGCAGUAGCACCUGGGUGUGCACAACCAAACUGGAUGCGCAGAACUCCAUUUCUUUCUACAUUUGCUGAAAUACUGUUGGAACUACAGUAGGCGACUCUGCAGCUCAGGUUUUAUUACUUUUUUUGUACCAAAACUGUGUAGGCAGAUAGUGCCUCUACCUCAUUCUAUGCAUAGUGAGCCAAUGUUCUUGAAAUGCAACUCACUCUGAUAAUUGGCCUAGCCAUCAGUUGAAUUCAAAGAAUUCUGAGAAUUAUAUGCUAUCAACAAAGGUUAAGUGUUAAGUUAAAGGGAUCCUAUAGUGCCAGGAAAACCAACCCGUUUUUUCAGAGUCCCAACACCCGCUGGGAUGAAGGGGUUAAAGCCACUUACCUUCAGCCACUUACCUUAAUCCAGCGCCGGGUUCCCUCUGCGCUGGUGACCUCUCCUCUCCCUGUCGACUUCAGAGCCGCGCGUGCAUUCAAACCGCCCACAGGAAAGCAUUACUCAAUGCUUUCCUAUGGACGUCCAACUGGAGUUCAAUUUUCACACUGAGAAUCGCGGAAGCGCCUCUAGUGGUUGUCAGGGAGACAGUCACUAGAGGCUGGAUUAACCCUCAGUGUAACAAAGCAGUUUCUCUGAAACUGCUAUGUUUACAGCUGCAGGGUUAACAUCUGGCGGACCUGGUACCUAGACCACUUCAUUGAGGUGAAGCGGUCUGAGUGCCUAAAGUGGUCCUUUAAGUGUUAAGAUCCAUUAAGAUCACUGAAUUAGUCAGACAACAAAUAAGCUAAAGACAACAAGAGUAAAAAUAUUUGCAUUGUGAUCAAACCCUAAUGAAGCAUUUACUGGCGCAAAUAGUGAUGCAGAUGUUAGCAAAUAACAUACUUACUUACCACUGCAGGACCUCGGCAAAGAAUUGCUCCUGUGGGUAGAGCUCAGCCAGGGCUAAUGUACUUUACAUGGCAUGUCCUGGCUAUGCUUGGCAUGGCCUGGCAUGUCAUUCAAAUGAAAAAAUAAAAAUAAAAAGCAGAAUCCAAACCUAACUUACUGUUAGCUAUUAGGUUGCACAAAAAUAUCAGAAGUCACAGUUCCACAUUAAAAGGUGUAUCUAUUGUUGUUUUGUUUUUUGCUGUGUUUUGUUUACUUGCUAAAAAGUAUGCAAAAAGAUUCUAAAAAUGGAACCUAAAUCUGUAAACCAGGGCGCUGAACAAAAUCAAUUUAUCAGUCAAGAGCGGCUUCAACACUUAUGUGGGCCCAGCCACACACCAGUAUGUGCUCCACUUAGAUACUGGUGUUUGGCUGUAACAUCUUGGCACUCGGUAUUAUUAUUAUUAUUGGUAUUUAUAUAGCGCCAGCAUAUUCCGUAGCACUUUACAAUAUUACCAAUGGGACAAUUUAACAAUAAAUGAGACAAUUACAAAAACUUACAGAAACAAUAGGUUGAAGAGGGCCCUGCUCGAACGAGCUUAGUCUAUAGUAUAUUUGUUUACUUGCUCUCUGUCUUUAUAGCACAAUGUGGAUAUGUAUUUAAAUCGGAUGCCCAAUAUUUAUUUAUAUAUUGUGCCUUGGGAAGAGACUGAAGUGGUCUGCAAAGCUUACACUCUAAAUCUACUUAUUAUGCGCACAACAUAACUUUACAUUUUUUUUGUAUUCAUGAAAGUGAACCACAAAUAUAUUUACUGAUUUUAGUAGGGAAAAAUCUUAGCUGAGCAUAGCCCUCACCGCCAUCUGUCUCUGUAAUCCAGAGCGAGUAAGUGUUCCAUUCACCCGUAGUGUCGGACUUGUCAUCAACAAUAAUUAUGGACACUAAUAAUAAAUUCUAAAAUAGGAAAUAGAAUGUUAAAAAGCAGAAAACUUGUAUAUCUAUGGAAUCUGGAUUUUCUUUAAACUCUUCUAAAUAGUGAUUAAAAAAACAAACAACUAAAUAAAGAACAGUUGUCUUGGCAACAGUUAUUUAUAUAAACUAAAAUAAUAUAAAAUAAAAAAUAAAAAAAAAUAAAAAAUUGUAGUGCAAUGAACAAACCUGUCCAAAUAUUCCUUCUGAUAUAUUGGAUAUUGUGCAAUGAGUUUUUCCCUAGAAAUUUUAUCUCAUGGACGUUCUCCCUUACACGGCUCAAUGACGGCUGGAGGGAAUUGGCUUUAUCUAUGGAGGAUCCCGCUGUUUCCUCCAUAGACCUCAAUGCUAUAUUCUUUAGUCUACUGAAGAACCAGGAGCUGACAGAUUCAGGUAAGUUGAGCUCACCAUUUCCUGCCCUCUCUGGCCACUGGACCCCCAGGGGCAAUGUCACCGUCGGGGGUCUUUGCAAAUUCUGCAAUAUAAAAAUGAUCUAAGUCAGUUUUAAUUUCUCAUAUAUGGCCUAAAAUUACACAUUAGCACCCCAACCAGGCCCACUGCACUUAUCGUUUAUAUUUAAGACUUUUUUUUGUUUAUUUUUUUGAAAAAUGAUACCAAAGUGCAUUAUAUCAUAAUACCAAAACCUUUUUUCUUGAUUUACCUUACCUUAAAUAAUAAUUCCUUGUUAUAAAAAAGAAUGUAUGAAGAAAAAAAAAGUUUACCUAUAUUUAAACAGAUUUUUAGUUAAUAAGUCACAUAGGAAAACACGAGGAACCUAGGACAUAUCCAACUGUAAUAUAUAUUCCAAUAUGUUGUAUUCUGCAGUUUAUCACAGAUUAGAAUCAUAUUAUAAUAUAGAUAGACCUGGUAAAUUGAAUAUUAUUGAAAUAACACAUAGUAUAUUAGAUUUUUUUUAAAUAAAUGAGUAUUUUAUAACUGUAACAUGUAUAUUGCAAAGGCAUGCUUUUUUUUUUUUAAACCUCUUCAGCAUGGUUGAUGCGAACAGAUUAUAUAUAUAUUCUGUUAUUUAAUUAUAAGAAUUAGAUGAUGACUCAUAGCACCUGAUAGGAUGGUAGGUAGUACAUGAAGAUGGUGUACCUAUAGAGAAGAGCUUCAGGUAAGUAUAUCUACCGUUCAUUCUCCCCCAAAUGCCACCAUGCAAUCUGACGUCAUCUGGGGAAAGUCUAUGCAAACGCGUACGUUUGCUUUAAUAUAUCCAAUGUUUUGUUGUACAUUAAACAUUUUUAGUUCUGAAACUAUCCAAAAUUCUACUCAAACUUUGGACUAGGAUUGUUUAUAUUUUUCAUCCACACCUUGUUCAUUUCUUUUUUUAUAUAUAUAAGCUUAUACUUUUCUUUUUCAUUAGCUUUCAUGGGCUAUCAAACUAUUAAUUUAGUCUGUUGUGAAUUCAUAUCCUUGUUCAAGGGCUAUGUAUCUUUGUGUUCAUCCAGCAUAAUGAAUGUACAUAAUGAGGUGUGUUAAUUUAAUUAUGUAUACUGAAACUUUUGAGAGGUUGCUGUUUAGUAACUAGGCACUGUGAACAACCUAACCACUACAACUUGCAGUAGUACUGAUGUUACCUAGGGGUGCCUACAAAGUAGAUGCCCGGAUGUUUUAGAACUACAAAACCCAUGAUGCUUUGCAAGCCUUUAGAAUGGCAAAGCAUUGUGGCAGUUGUAUUUCUAAAAGAUCUGUGUAUCUGACAUGUUGGCACCCCCGACCCAAAGUGUCUGUAUGCCAUCCUCAGGUUUAAUGUUAAAAUGUUUAGGAACAGUCAGAUACAAACCAGGGUUUUUACAAGUACCUAGAGAUUGCCCUCUUCCAAGAUUAACAUGUUCCCAGCACACUCAGACAAUCAAUUUCAUCUAGGUUGGACGCAAUUGACAAUGAUAAUGUGUUAAUUCCAUAUUAUUGAUGUGGAGGGGGUGGAAUCCAUGCGCUGAGGACAUCUUCAGUUUAUGCCACACCAUUCGUAAACAAUUUAACACUAAACAGGGGGACUGCGCCCAGAUACUCUAGCCAAUAGAACCACAGCAGCAAGUUGUAGAAUUUAUAUUGCUAUAUAAUACUAAUUUUCAUGUCAAUGCACCUUGAUCUUUGGUUAGCCAGAGUUACCAACAGGCAACAGUAGUAAGCAAUGAAAAACACAAUCACAUGUCAUCUAACAGAACUAAGAAUAUUGCCUCCUUUUAAAGAAACAUGAAUCAAUAAAGUAUUGUGUUAUUUUAAGCAUUCCUG